CGCAGUGGGUUUCGAGAAUGGGGCAAUAUUAUCGCUGUCGGGAGCUUCCUCUUGUCAAACUAGUCUAAAAAUGGCCGCCAUGAAGAAUACUCACCCAAUAGAUACCCGUGCGGAAUUAGUCGAGUUAGUGCGACGCCGGGCAGAAAUUGCUGAUACACUAGCAAACCUAGAACGUCAGAUCUACGCAUUUGAAGGGAGUUACCUGGAGGACACACAGUUGUAUGGCAACAUAAUCCGUGGCUGGGACCGAUACCUCUCCAACACCAACCGCAAUACUAACAGUAAGGCAGACAAGAGGAAUCGCAAGUUUAAGGAGGCAGACCGGUUGUUUUCCAAGUCGUCCGUUACUUCUGCAGCAGCUGUGAGUGGUGUAGCCGACCAGCAGGAGAAACGAGAGCCGCCCAGCCCUGACUCCCAGAACAAUCAGAAUAGCGCCAACACACCCAACUCCACUUUAGCCGCCGCAGCUGCCAAUGGCAACAGCCAAUCCAGUAAUGCCAGCAGCAAUGGCAACCACAUCCCUCCCCAGACCAACCACUCCGGCAAGGUGCUGAAGGCCAACGCUGUCCGACACAAGAAGAGCAAGAACAAGGCCAGACACAGGCUGGAGGUGAAGCUACGGAAAGGGAAAGAGGGAGGUGACUAACACAGGGGGCAGUGAGAGAUGUGAUGAGCUUUGAUGUGUGUGGACACUGUUGGUUUACUGACUGACCGGAACUUGGCCAUCUCUGACAGUGACCAGGAACAGUGGUGUCACCUUGCUCAACUUCAGCUCCAGUGGAGCAUGCAAGGAAUGACUCUUGAUUUUAUCAUUGUGUAUAUACAAGUAGCCAACAAGCCCAGCAGUCUCCAAUCGGAGAAGACAUACUUGACGUCCUGGAGGAUUGUCUUGAGAUCUCUGCAUGAGAUGCUGUGUAGAUGGACAUCUGUGACCAGGGAGUCUGGUUCACUUACAGGUUGUGUGUCCUGGCCUGCGUUCAGUAGCCAGUAGAUCACUAGAUGCAUUUAAUAAGUAUUUGAAGAAAUAUUUCCCUGCACUAUACAUAGCAAUGUUUGGCAAUGGAAACAGCAGUUGGUCCAGGUUCAGUGGUGGUUAUACAGGGAUGAGAAUGGGAUUUUAGACAAACAAUAUUAGCACUGGAACUUGGUCAGAGUCUGGGGAACUAUAUGAUUUUAUAUGCAUAAUGUAAUGGCGUGUAUAUCAGAAGUGACCCUUGACAUGACGUAAUCGGAGGAAAAUUCUCAUCCCUGGUUAUGUUACAAGUACCAGAUUUGAGAGAUCCGAUAACACUUUGACAGUCAUGUUGUAAUUAGGAUAUUUCAUUUUGGAAAAUAUGAUUGUCUAAUGUUUCAUUGAUGCACCUCAACAGUAAGUCGUCCACUUGAUUGGGUCCUGUUAAUGUUUCCAUUUUCAUUGUAAUAAAUCAUCAGAAUGUUA